AUGGACAUCAUAAAUCCAUAUGGAGGAUGUAGCAUAGGAAAAUUAAUAGCAAAUCCAUUAAUACCAGAAGAUGACACAAUACCAACUACUACUUGUUCUUCUGAUCGUUUGGAUAACCCCCAACAAGAACAAAGAAUUCAUCAGUCACUACCGCCGGUAUUAUCGCUGGCACCAUCAAAGCAAAGAUUAUUAAAGAUGUGUCGAGAGAUAAAGUCGAUAUCAACAUCAAUAAAUCAACUCACUCCUGAUGAACAAAUAGAUAUAGGACAUAUCUUAGUAGAAAUAUUACAAAAUAAGAUAUCCAUGCUUUCAGAGAUAUUGAAUCACAAUCAGCCUAAGAAACUCCCACUAAAUCAACAACCACAGCAAGUAAUACCAUUGAAUCAGCAAGUACAACAAAUAUCUCAACAACUACCACUACAAUAUCAAGCAUCAUCACAAUUAUUAGAACAACAACCAUCACAACAACAACAAGCAUCAUAUAUAGACCAACAAAUACCACAAGUAUAUCGACAAGCACCACAACAACAAGUACCACAAGUGUACCAACAAGCAUUACAACGACAACAACAACAAGUACCACAAUUGUACAUACAAGUACCACGACGACAACAGCAAGUAUCACAAGUAUACCAACAAGUACCUCAACAACAACAAGCAUCCCAAAAACAACAUAUAUCAAUACCAAAGAAAUAUAAAGUGUAUCAACAAUCACAAGUACCGAUACUAAAUCAACAAGUACUGCAAGUACCACAACAACAACAACAGGUACCACAACAACAACAAGUAUCACGAGUGAAACAGCAAGCACCACCACCACAACAACAGGUACCACAACAACAACAGGUAUUAACAUUAUCACGAGUGCAACAGCAAGCACCACCACCACAUCAACAAGUACUACAAGUACCACAACAACAACAGGUACCACAACAAGUAUCACGAGUGCAACAGCAAGCACCACCACAACAACCAGUACAACAACAACAACAAAUAUCACGAGUGCAACAGCAAGCACCACAACAAAUACUACAAGUACCACAAAUGAAACAGCAAACACAAUACCAAAUACCACUACAACAAUCACAGAAGCUACAACCAUCGCAACAAGUGCACCAACCAUAUACACAAAAUAAUCAACAACCAAGUAAUUCAGAACCAAGAAAUUCAGAACCAAAAAAUUCAGAACCAGGAUCAAGUAAUUCAGGAUCAAGUAACUCUGAACCAAGAAAUUCAGGAUCAAAAUAUCAGUGUUAUAAAGUGUAUUAUUACACUUCUCAUUACACCAUCAAAUUUUACAGAAGUGUAUACUCCCUCAUCAAGGGAACUGAAAAGUAUCUCUAA